CUCCACAACGAUCCAGCUCACGUGGUUUUGCUAUCACCAACAUCUGAAGUUGAUAAUUUUCCCAACCAGAUACCAACAAACGACAGCGAGGGAUGGGAUGGGUGAAGGAUUGUAGUCAUUGUGAGCGGGCCUUUGGAUUGAGUGCGCUGAUCCCUCUUAAUGAUGAUUUCUUUGCUCCAUCCAUUAAUGAAUGAAUGUUGGGUUGCAUGAAACAAAUCAGCCAGAGCAGCGGAUGUUCUUGCUCUCGGUUGAGAGCUUAGUCGCCGUCGGCAGCCCGGCGGGGACCCGAUCUACACAGCUGCAGGAGUUCAGCUGUUAGCAACGCCAAAUGAUUUCUAGCUUUCCUUCCUCUCACUGGGCUAUACAUUAUUUCUUCCUCCCAGCAUCCAAUUUUGAUCCCCUCCGUGAACUACCUUGUUUUCCGUUUAAUCGCAAAUUGGCUUGAACAGAGUCACAGCCAUCAUGUCAGGAAGGGCUCAGAAAGGCCUGCGGCAAAUCCUCCAAAAAUCCCCCUCCGAUGUCGUCAUCCUCUCCUCAUUGCGAACAGCAGUCACCCGGGCCAAAAAAGGCGGGUUUAAAGAUGCCUACCCCGAAGAACUGAUUUCCCACAUUCUUCGCGCCACACUCGCAGCAAACCCGAAGCUUGACCCCGCAUUGAUCGACGACGUAGCCAUUGGAAGUGUUCUACAGGAGUUGGGUGGCACAAAGGCAGCUCGAAUGGCUCAAAUACACGCCGGCUUCCCUCACACCGUUCCUUUCCAUACCGUCAGCAGGCAAUGCAGCUCUGGAUUGGCUGCUAUCACUGCCAUUGCACACUCGAUUUCCGUGGGCGCGAUAUCAGUUGGAAUUGGCGGGGGCAUGGAAUCUAUGACGCGCAAUUAUGGUUCUCGGGGUCUUCCUACAGUUCUGUGGCCGGAGCUGCGCGACUCGCCGUCUAAGGAUGCGAGAGAUUGCAUUAUGCCCAUGGGAAUAACGUCCGAGAAUGUUGCGGAGCGGUAUGGAAUAUCGCGCAAGGACCAAGACUUAUUUUCUGCGGAGUCUCAUAAGAAAGCCGCAGCAGCGCAGGAGAAGGGACUAUUCGGUACCGAAAUUGUACCCGUUACGACUAAAAUCUUCCCUGAAGGUCAGACGGAUGGCCCGGCGACGGAAAUCACAGUCACUAAAGAUGACGGCGUCCGAGCGUCGAUCUCUCUUGAGAAACUGGCUGCUCUUAAACCAGCGUUCUCAGCAACGGGAUCAAGCACCGCUGGAAAUAGUUCUCAGGUCAGCGAUGGGGCCGCUGCCACGUUGCUUAUGCGUCGCUCCACAGCAGCUGAACUUGGCCUCACGUCCAGCAUCAUCGGAAAAUGGGUGUCCACGCAAGUAGCCGGCUGCGCUCCUGAUGAGAUGGGUAUCGGUCCUUCUGUUGCUAUCCCAAAAGUCCUCUCCCACACCGGUCUCUCGAUUUCCGACAUUGGAAUCUGGGAAAUCAAUGAGGCUUUCGCUAGCCAGGCUGUGUACUGCAUUCGGAAACUUGGCAUCGAUGAAAGUAAAGUUAAUCCCAAUGGCGGAGCAAUUGCAUUGGGGCACCCGCUGGGAGCAACGGGUGCGAGGCAGCUUGCGACUCUGCUUCCCGAGAUGGAGAGGCAUGGGGAGCAGGUUGGAGUAGUAAGUAUGUGCAUAGGAACCGGUAUGGGGAUGGCAAGUGUAUUUGUCCGGGAAUAGAGUUUUGGCUGGAUUGUGUCAUUUUCGGGUUAUCCUUUUCAUUUCAACCUUUUUCUUUGUAUCCUGAGUUGCAGUCAAUUUUCUUCACCUUGCGAUACACCAGACUCCUACCCCGAGCAAUCUGGAUCUAUUGCUUGCUGGCUCUUGAAAUGCGGUUAGAUAGUCGGGAGGGAGUGUGCGACGCUAUCAAAGUUCUAUAGUUGGCGUAAUAAAGAACAUUGGUUGAAGACGUAUGAAAGGAUAUAUAUAGUUCUAUAAUCAUAUUUAAGCAAUUUACUUCCUUUAUUACCGGA